AUGGCGGGUAACACUACGGUUCUCGAACAGAUAUUCCACACCUCGCCCAGCUGCGAUGCCUGGAACCUCAUCAUGGAGAGGGCCCUAUACCAUCUGGCAUGUUUCAUCUUGCUGCUGGCGUACAUGGGUGGAAGCGGCAUCUUCGGUUGCAUCUUUAUCUUCCUACUGAUGGCCCUGGGCUGUUUGUGUACAACAAUGUGGGGCUGGCUGCUGGCCUGUGGCCUAGAUAUAUUUGUAUGGAACCUUCUGCUGACGUUUGCCUGCAUUGUUCAGGUCUCCCACCUCCUAUACAGGCUACGUAAGGAAUCCUAUGGGGAGGACUACGACUGCUUGUACCAGACCUUGUAUCAUCCCCUGCAAGUUCCCAUUGAUGUCUUCAAAGAGAUCGCACAAUGCAGCAGCAUGCAGGUCCAGACACUAAGCACUGACCAGAGUUACGCUCUAGAGGGGAAGACACCUAUUGACCGCCUGUCUCUUCUCAUCUCCGGCAGGUGAGUUCCAUAACUGCUGUCAUUUUAUAACCUCUAUUCGAAAGAAAAAAAGAGUUCUUACUUUGUCCUUCCUGGUAAAACACUUUAAUUAUUCUCAUUUAAAGCUUCACAGCUCAUGUGGUAAAGCAGAGGGAGUGACUGUAGCGGACUCUGGGUAACCUGACCGGUUACCUCCGCUAACUCCCUUCCUUCAGCCUGCCAGGAACCACGUAAAAUACAACAAGACCCAUUCCCCCUUUCCUCCCCCCCCCAGUAACUGGAAAAGACCUAGUUCUGGAGACACAACAAAAUUUUAUUGGCGACACGCAGCUUUUAUGCAUACCCCAUGCAAGGGGUGUAUCACACAAAACAUACAAGGUCACCUCCCAGGAUCCUCUCCCACCCCGGGGUCCCUAGCGCGGUAAAAGACUCUGUUCCCUUUGUCCCCAAGCCCGCCACUAAAUCCCCAGGGUUUCCCAUAUCAACCGCCAGGGGUCUUCUUCCCAAGAGCCUCUGUGUCUGGGAGUCUAGGUGCGGGAAAAAAGGGGCCGUCCCUUUGUCUCCCAGGCACAGAAAAGCCUACCCGCGGGGAAAGAGCUGGUUUCUUUGCCCCUCAGGCCAUAUCAACCGCCAGGGGUCUUCUUCCCAAGAGCCUCUGUGUCUGGGAGUCUAGGUGCGGGAAAAAAGGGGCCGUCCCUUUGUCUCCCAGGCACAGAAAAGCCUACCCGCGGGGAAAGAGCUGGUUUCUUUGUCCCUCAGGCCAUAUCAACCGCCAGGGGUCUUCUUCCCAAGAGCCUCUGUGUCUGGGAGUCUAGGUGCGGGAAAAAAGGGGCCGUCCCUAUGUCUCCCAGGCACAGAAAAGCCUACCCGCGGGGAAAGAGCUGGUUUUUUUAUUUGUCCCUCAGGCUCAUGAGGGCCCGCCAAACUCGCCAGUGUCCCAAAAGUGCCCACACCAAUCUCAGGGACCCUCGCCUUGGUCCCCCGAUUGGCUAAUCUCCAUAUGCGAGGUCCCCAGGGUGAAACCCAGACAAGGAAAGUGUCUUCAUUUGGGGUCCUAGCGCGGUAAGAGACUCUGUUCCCUUUGUCCCCAAGCCCGCCACUAAAUCCCCAGGGUUUCCCAUAUCAACCGCCAGGGGUCUUCUUCCCAAGAGCCUCUGUGUCUGGGAGUCUAGGUGCGGGAAAAAAGGGGCCGUCCCUUUGUCUCCCAGGCACAGAAAAGCCUACCCGCGGGGAAAGAGCUGGUUUCUUUGUCCCUCAGGCCAUAUCAACCGCCAGGGGUCUUCUUCCCAAGAGCCUCUGUGUCUGGGAGUCUAGGUGCGGGAAAAAAGGGGCCGUCCCUUUGUCUCCCAGGCACAGAAAACCUACCCGCGGGGAAAGAGCUGGUUUCUUUGUCCCUCAGGCUCAUGAGGGCCCGCCAAACUCGCCAGUGUCCCAAAAGUGCCCACACCAAUCUCAGGGACCCUCGCCUUGGUCCCCCGAUGGGCUAAUCUCCAUAUGGAAGGUCCCCAGGGUGAAACCCAGACAAGGAAAGUGUCUUCAUUUAGGGUAUGAAUGCUCCCCCUGGCCACCACUCAUCCAUACGAACGGCUGCCACCCAGGGAGGCACUCAUUAAUUACUUACCUUGCGGUUUCACACCUAUAUUGCGAGUGCAAGCAGUCUGAUUAAUUGGUGUGAACGUUCUAAUAGGGCACGAGGAGGUCCCAAAUGAGGCGGGAAACAUUCCACGAAUGCUCCCCCUGGCAGGGUUCGACUUUACGAAUGGCGGCCACCCAGGGAAGCACUCAUUAAUUGCUUCCCUUGCAGUUUGCAGUUUUGACACUUGUUGUGAGGUGUGAACAUUCUAACCUAACAUUCUAAUCGUGGUAGUGGGGGUUGUCCCUGUUCAGGAGGUGAAUGAAUUCCCUUCAUGGCAACGGGGAGCAGGGUACAGUACAGAUACUACAGGAAAACACACGGACAGAGUUUCUGCCACAGUGACCAAUCGGAAUGUUUGCCAUUUUAGAAGACUUCUCAAUAGAACAAAUACCUACUUUAUUGAUGACUCAAGUGACAGGGUAUUUAAAUACUUGAGACAAGGAUUGCAGAAAUAGCGAAUUUAAAGAUGAGCUUCAAAAAUUAAUAUCUGUCCGUACAUACAACGUAAGGUUUCAAUAUUGUGCAUUUCUACCUUGGUUAGACUCGGGAUAGAGGCGACACAUGGACAUGCAUUAGGAAAUUAAAUAAAACUGGCAAAUGAAGCAAAUUAACUAAAAAAAAAUAUAACAUAUGAACAUGAUUUGAGGUCAGUAGAUGGUAAACCGAAGGCUAAUAUGAGAAUAUAAUUUUUUUAGGUUUCACGUGCAGUUCAUUGAAAGAAUAAUGGUGGAACCUCAUGUCAUAGAAAGCCUUCUAGAGUCAUGGGUGCUGCAAUACCAUCCAGUCUUGAUAGAGGUCUGAAGGAUCCAAGGACUUCAAAAUGAAUUUCAAUGUUUAGGCCCUAAUAAAACAUGGAGAACUGUGAAACUAUUCUGAGAAUUUUAUGGCGGCCAAAUUACUUGUUGUGUAGUUGUGGGAGUUGUUUAAUGUUUUAAAAGGCACUCUCAACCGCAAACAAUGACAAGACCCUUCCACGUACACAUGUCCCCUUGAAUGGUGAUUCUGGGCAAGGUUAGCAAUGAGGAGAGUUUAUUGCCCCAAACUCUCCAUUCUCACUGUCUCCAUGACCUUCUUCAUUCAUCAUCUAUUCAUCAUCUGGCACCUUCAUCUGCCGGGAUCCAUGUCACUCAAGUAUCCUUGCGCAUUUGCCAAACUAUAAAACAGGGGUCUAUAGAAGAUCCCAUGAGACCUAAGGAUCCAUCAUAGAUUUAGUUGCGCACGGAAACCCGGGACUGACUGGUCACAGGAAGUGUCAGGAUAUUUCACAGGGAGUGACACCCAUUGCUAAAUUUCACUGACUUUUAGUCCAUAGUUCUAACGCAGUCUAUGUGAGUUUUUCAUCACUAUUCAAUGUUUAUUAAACAAUGUGUGGAGGUCAGAGAUAUGUAUGUCCUCUAGGUUCUUUUAUGAGAAGCAUCUAAUAAAAUAGAUAUUAAAAAAAUAUAUAUAUUAGGACAGCAAUAUUAAGGCAUGCCCACCUCUCCGAUGCCCCAUUAUAUAUUUCUAUUAUAUAUGUAAUAGAGGUAUACAUUCUAACACAAUCCUUUCCAUUUUCCUAUUUGUUUGCGUAGUGAGGUUAUUAAAGAAUCUCAUUACUACCAUAAAGAGUAUCGAAGCGUUGCUGGGUCCAUCAAUCGUGACUCGGAUCAAUAAAAUAGAUCAGUGAACCCUGAGUCUGAGUAACUUUAUUUUAUGCUGGGUUUCGGGGCAGGAGCCCAACCUUCAGCACCUUUUUGUCACAAUACUUACCUGUUCAAUGGAGACAAACCGAUCCCGUCCUCAGGUCACGCAAGCCGAACGCUCCACGCAGCCGAGUGGCUAGAAAUAUUCAAAGGCUAAUAAGAUGUAACUGUGUUUGUGUUUUACCCAGGGUGAAGGUGACUCUGGAUGGGCAGUUCCUGCAUUAUAUUUUCCCAUACCAGUUCCUGGACUCUCCGGAAUGGGAAUCUCUGCGCCCCUCUGAAGAAGGGACAUUCCAGGUAAUAUCACAAAAUAUGCCUGCUGAAAUACAGUCUACAAUCACUAGACCGCAGUCUGAGAGAGAGAGAGAGAGAGAGAGAGAGAGAGAGAGAGACAGAGGGAGAGAGAGAGUGAGAGGGAGAGAGAGAGUGUGAGAGAGGGGGGAGACAGAGGGAGGGAGAGGGAGAGAGAGAGAGAAAUAUGGGGAGACAUAUGAGAGAGAGAGACUGGACAUAUAAGUGCAUUAUGGGAAAAUAAUGGCAACUUGGGUUUCUGAAAUCAAUAUAAACUAUAUCUCCUGGCAGAGAUCUGGAUCUGGGACUAGGGCUCAAUCAACCAAAAUGGGCCAGUGAUAAGGGGGAGAUGACAAGAGGUGGACCUGCCCAUAAAGUGAGUGGACACCCGAAAACCAGGCGUGUCAGCCUCCCGUGCUUCUACUCCCAUCAUACACUGCAUCCACGGAUUCUAUUUCCAUCACUCACUGCAUCCGCAGAUUCCACUCCCAUCACUCACUGCAUCCGCAGAUUCCACUCCCAUUACUCACUGCAUCCGCAGAUUCCACUCCCAUCACACACUGCAUCCACGGAUUCUAUUCCCAUCACUCACUGCAUCCGCAGAUUCCACUCCCAUCACACACUGCAUCCACGGAUUCUAUUCCCAUCACUCAUUGCAUUCUGCAGAUUCCACUCCCAUCACUCACUGCAUCUGCAGAUUCCACUCCCAUCACACACUGCAUCCACGGAUUCUAUUCCCAUCACUCAUUGCAUUCUGCAGAUUCCACUCCCAUCACUCACUGCAUCUGCAGAUUCCCCCCCAUCACACACUGCAUCCACGGACUCUAUUCCCAUCACUCACUGCAUCCGCAGAUUCCACUCCCAUCACACACUGCAUCCACGGAUUCUAUUCCCAUCACUCAUUGCAUUCUGCAGAUUCCACUCCCAUCACUCACUGCAUCCGCAGAUUCCAUUACCAUCACACACUGCAUCCGCAGAUUCUGUCCCCUUUCCUUCCCAGUUUUAGUCUCCAGAAAAUUCAUUCGGUUUUAUGAAACUUUCCUCCUUCCAGCCAUUAUCUCACCCUUCCCAUGACCUACACUCUAAUUCCAUUCUGUUUCCCAUCUCCUGACACUACGCUCACUGACUGACGGCUGAUUAUGUGGCUAAUGAUAGCUAUAUGGCAUUUCCUUGUUCCUUCACCUUGCGGCUCUUGCUUAGUUUAGUUAUGGGAAUAAUUCCAGAUCUGCAUUGCUGAUCUCUGCUGUCUGUACUGCAAGUUAUUUUCAUUACUGUGUCUGUCCCCAGCCUGUGCUGUCUCUCUUAACGUGACAUUACAAUGAGAUUAACAGAGUUACAGAGUAAUACAGCUGACACAAGACUCCGCUCCGUCACGCUCAGCCUCUUACAUAGCUCAGAUUUCUCCUCCAGAAAAUCCAAACAUCUGGAAAGUCUGAUAAAACAACCUCUUUAGGCAGAGAAUUCCUAUCUUUACUGUCCUUGCUGUAAAACACCAUAAAUGGUGAGCAGAGAGCUAUUUAUAACGAGACUAUAUGUAUAUAUUUAUCACUUUUUUUUCUAAAGAACAUUCAUUUUCAAUUAUUGCUUUAUCACUAAAAUCUUCCAUUCCCCUUAUUAUUAUUAUUGUAGUCUGCCUCUGCGCUUUUUGUACUUUCAUCAGGGACGUAUUAGCCGCGAGGCAAACAAGGCAUUUGCCUUGGGCGGCAUUUUUCAGGGGGCGGCAAAAAAGCCGCCCCUAAAUGCCCAGGGCAAAUGCCUAGUUAGCCUUGCGGCUAACAGACAUGCUGGGCUGGGCUGAGCGGGCGGGCGGCGAGGGAGCUCUUCCCCUGAGCUGUCCGCUCAACUCCCUCGCGCGCCGCAAAGUGAGGCUGGGAGCCGGAAUAUGACGUCAUCUUCCGGCUCCCAGCCUCACUCUGCUGGCGGCACGAGAGGGAGCUGAGUAGAGCGCUCAGGGGAAGAGCUCCCUCGCCGCCCGCCCGCCCAGCGCCGCCCGCCCAGCCCGACCGGCAGCCACUGGACCCCAGGACCCCAGGGAGAGGAAGAACCCCCCUAGCAUUCCCAAAGGUAAGGAGGCUGUGGGGGGUUAAAUAAAAAAAAAAAAACACAAGUGAAUGUGUGUGUGUGUAUCUGUUAGUGUGUGUGUGUGUGUGUAUCUGUUAGUGUGUGUGUGUGUGUUGUUGAGUGUGUGUGUGUUGGUGUGUGUGUCUGUUGGUGUGUGUGUGUCUGUUGGUGUUGGGUGUGUGUGUUAGGUGUUAGAUGUGUGUCUGUUAGUGUGUGUGUGUGUGUGUGUCUGUUAGUGUGUGUGUCUGUUAGUGUGUGGCUCUGUUAGUGUGUCUGUUAGUGUGUGUGUGUCUGUUAGUGUGUGUGUGUAUGUUAGUGUUAGUGUGUGUGUGUCUGUUAGUGUUAGUGUGUGUGUGUCUGUUAGUGUGUGUGUGUUUGCCUGUUAGUGUGUGUCUGUUAGUGUGUGUCUGUUAGUGUGUGUGUGUUUGCCUGUUAGUGUGUACCUGUUAGUGUGUGUCUGUUAGUGAGUGUGUGUUUCUGUUAGCUAGUGAAUGCGUAUCUGUCAGUGAAUGUGUGUGUGUGUAUUUAGAAGGCGGAGCAGGGGGGAAGGGUUGGGUGGCGGUUGCGCGGGUGGGUGUAGCACAGGGGGGUGCCUGAGUUUUGUCCUGCCUAGGGCAGCACAAAACCAGGAUACACCACUGACUUUCAUAUUAUACUUCUUUAAAGCUGGUGUAUAAAAUGUCACUGCAUGUGGGAGGUGGGGAUUUACCAUGGGUUUAUAAAAGGGCAAAAUUAUAUUUUCAUUACAUCAAUACAAUAUAUUACUGGCCUUUAUAACUGCUGACUGACAUUGCACAGUGUUGCCUAGUCUAUAAUUUUGACAAAAUCCUUCUCAUUUACUAUCACGCCUAACUCAGUCCCCCUUACAGUCAGGGUUGUAUUUACCACAAGGCAAACAAGGCAUUUGCCUAGGGCGGCACUUUCAGGGGGGCGCCAAAAAAGGCCAAAUGCCUUGUUUGUCUUGUGUCCUGGGGCUGUUCUGCCCCCCUCCCCCUGAGGUGUUAAACUACUGAUAUUCCUCAGGUGUGUGUGCGGCCCAGGGGUCCACAAACCCCAUUUUCCCAAAUCUUUCUGUAGACAGGGAUGCUGUAUAAACACUAGCGUCGCCCUCAAUUUGUAAAUCCACGAACGGUGUCUCUGAGCUGCUUUACCUCGCACUAGGACUCCAUCCCACCGCUUGCCACCAAUGUAACGGAUCACCUGGCACCCCGACUGGGUACCUUGUUGAAGGAUGCUCGUAGCGCUUCCUGAGGGCUCCAAGCACUCCAGCUGACACCAUAACCACCGUUGACUCCUUCAGAGAGCAGGACAGGAACAAGCUCUUACAAGAUUUAGCAAGGGAGUAUGACAAGCACAGCAAUCCCUUGUAGCAGAUUCCCCCAAUAAGAGACGGCACUCCAAAUUGAGGUUGAAGUAGAACUGACAGAACUGUGGGUUUAUUGUUCUUAUAUACAUAUUCUUACACAUUAGUACCACUCACAGGGUUUUGUAAAACAACCAAUAAAUAUAUACAAUACACUCAGACACUCCCACACAAAAUCCUCCCCUCUGCCUUUGAUACAAUUACCUUACACAAUGGGUUAUCAUAAUUAUCACAGGCAGGAAAAUACACAGUUUUACACAAUAUUCAUAACUUUAAAAGUAUGCAUCACAUUCACUUUAAAAGUAUGCAUCACAUUUUCAGAAUCAGCAUACUCCAAAUACACACAUACGUCAAAAUCAUACAAAUUGGUCCAGUGGGUCAAAAGUUAGAUCGACGUCCUUUGUGACCAAAUUAAGCAAAACCAGUUCCACAGAGUCUUCUAUCCUGGAGAUAACUGUGAAGUAAUCCAAUUAUCUCCAAGGACAGAGGCAAAACUCCAUUGAACACAUGGUAGCAAAAGACAAUAAAAUACAUAAAAAUAUAUAACUGAGCAGCUAUUGCAUAAAACAGGUACAUUCAACAUAUCCCCAGAUAGCUUAGGUCUGAGCGCACAUUAUUACUGAAUGGCGCUCAGAUAACAUACAUACAGUUCAAUUGUCAUGGAGCCAAAGUCUUUCACAUAGUCUUUCGUUAUACGAAUGGGCUCCAUGGCAUAGCUAUCUGUGGUAUCACCGCUCACAUAGGGAAAGUACCGAAUGACCUGGCUUUCGGGUCUUUGCAGGGGAAAAUCCAGCAUUUCAACAUGGGACCAUAGUCUCAGGGCAGGAGGCUGGCAAUCAGUCUUCUCCAAUGCCCAGUGACAAGGCUGGUUCCACCACAUGCGCUAUCUCCCCAGGGCCUGAACAAACCCUCAGGGACUGGAUAUACCAUCCAAUAUGAACUUUUUUUAACAACACUCUGCAUUCAGUCUUUAAAGGCACACUCUAGUCUAGGGUCCUGAAUUAUUGCUGUAGAUUUUGGGGUCCCCCGAUCCCUUAAAACAGAAGUUCUAUUCCCCUAAUCCAGAGGUGUGAGGGUGAAAACUGCACAUCUCCUCCUCUCCGUCCCGGGGAGAUCUUCACAAGCGAGGAUCUCUCAGUGAAUACAUUGGUUCCUAUUGGGAGAACUGGGGUUCUAUGGUACCUGCUCAGCAAUAGCCACGCUUUGCCAAUAGAAUGA